AUGGCGACUAGUACACCUUUCCUUUCUCUUCUCCCUCCUGAAUUGCGCCUGCAAAUCUACAGUCAACUGCUUGUCGCCCCCACGCCGCUCAAAGGCCCGACUGCACGCCAGGUCUACGAUGAGAAAUACGACAUUCACACAGCCGUCAUGCGCACGAACAAACAAGUCUAUACCGAAGCUCGUCAUGUCUUCUUUGGCAUGAACACUUUUCGCAUCAGUUCGAUCCCACCCCAGAACGACAGUGAUGAGGGGAGUGGCGCGUUCGAACCGCCACUUCAGCUCCAGAAUCUCAAUCUCAUCCGCUAUCUAGAAGUGGACCUUCUUUACUAUCAACCCACAUCGAGAACGACUUCAAGGAAUCAUCAUGGCGGAUGGAAACCCAUGUGCAACGGAGCUGAUCGUUACAUAACGAGUUUGUCCUACCUCCUUGGCGGCGUCAAGGAAAACUUGCGGACUAUAAGACUAGGAGCAGACGUUCGGCCAUACGUCAGGACCACAAACGAAGAGGAGAACUCUCUCGACAUCUCAAGAUUCAUCACCGGCUUCCAAUAUGCAGACCACAGCUCACGCUUUAAACAAGCCAUUGCUGCACUUCCGGUCAGGCAGCUGCAGUUGCGAUUCGAUUUCCCCGAGACUUACUUCGACUUCAAGGUGGAAAAGGACGUGCUGAACAAGUGGAGUUGGGUAUAUCUGGCAGGGCAAGUCGCGUUAAAAAAGAGUGAAGUGGAACUAAGAGAAAUCAUGGGAGAACUCGGUGAAGAGGAGACGGCGGGUGUGGUUGACGGAAUUAGAGAAGGUGCAGUCAUGCUGAAAUGCAUGGCUUGA